UUUUCGAAAAACUGAAAAUGGAAAGCAAAACCAUAAACUUGGUACAAUUUUCACGGAAGGAUCCAUGGCCUUGAAUUUCAUCGCAGCAUUUCUUCACCCAAAACCUUCUACUAGCCCUCCUCCGUCUUUGUUCCCAAAACAUAGGCGCCUUAUCAGGCUUCAGUCUUCUUCCCCUCCUCAUUUUAGAACAUCUGCUCAGUCAGAUCACGGCACUGAACGAGGAGUUACAGAAGAGGAUCCCUCUGUUUCUUUAUCUGGGUCUUUGUCUUCCAAUCGGAUUCAGCUCGAUCUGCUGGAACAACUCACUUCCACUAGCUCAGCGGUUGAUGGUUAUGAGAGUGAUGGCAGCUCUCAGAGCCGAACAAUCCGUGACCAAUUAGCACAAUUAGUUGGAGACAGAGAUGACGACUUCAGCAUUCCCUUGGGUAAAAAUUUAAAGAAGUUUACUCCCAAGUUCUUAACCAUCUCACAGAAGAGAAAUGUCAGAAGACAGGCUUACCUGGAUGAGGUGUCUCAGAGGAAUGAUACGGUUUUCUUUGCCACUAUUGGAGCUUUCAUAAUUCUUCCACCAUUUAUAAUACUAGGAAUUGCAAUAAUAACUGGUUAUGUACAGCUUUUUCCCUGACAUAUGUGAUGUUAGUUUACUAUAGUGAAGUUAUAAUUCCUUACACUAAAUGCAGAGUUAUGAAGUUUAUAUGA